UUUGUGUGCAGCGAUGGCUGUUUGAAAGUGCUCGAUAAAUACAGUUGAGUUGAGUCGUGAGCGCCUAUGGAGAGGAAGGAGUUAAUGCCCCUAAAAUCCAAAAUGCCAUCGUUUUUGACAGUUUCAGGGGUUGAUGUGGGUAUUGGUAGAGAUGUCCCCUUAGAUUUCGGGAAAGAUUAAUUGCAGUUUUCUGACAUCAAGUCACAUUCAGCUUUUUUUCUUCUAAGAGCAAAACACUUAUUGCCCAUAAAACCCAAAAUAUAGAGCGAUUGUUUUGACAUUUCCAGAGAUAGAUGUGCACAUGAAUUUUGGGGAUGAUUGAUUCGAUAAUUUUUUAACAUGAUAGUGAACGUCUAUCGGGAGAAAAAGGCUUAAUGCCUAUAAAAUACAAAAUACGGUGGCGAUUGUUUCGAUAUUUUCAAAAGUUGAAGUGGCAUGGGUAAAGAUGUGCAUUUGAAUUUUAAUAACAAUUGGUCGUCGUUAUCUGACAUGAACCAGAUACGAUUUGUUUUACAUGUAGCCUUUCCCCAGGUUAUUGAAUUUGGGGUACAGAUUAGCAAAUUGAAGGGUGGCUUCUUACUAACCCCCCCCCCCCCCGGUGGCUUUUUCGCCUUAUUCAUAUGUAAAUCAGGCGUUUUAUAUACCUAGCCCAUGUCUCCCCCUCCAGUGGCAGCACUAAAAAGAAGCCAGGAAUGCCCCCCACCCGCAAGCGCACACCGACUGACCACUAUUCAGGCGGACUGAAGUCUGACAGAAAGAUGAGGAAACCUCUCGUCGAGAAGAAACGACGAGCUCGAAUCAACGACAGUUUACACGAACUCAGGGUUCUCAUGGCGGAUACGGAGCAGUUCCAUUCAAAGAUGGAGAACGCCGAAGUGCUAGAGAUGACGGUCAAACGGGUGGAGAGCAUUCUGCAAAACCGGGCUCAAGAGGUGGACGCCAUCAAUCGAGAGGCGUGCCAGCGUUUUGCGGCUGGUUACAUCCAAUGCAUGCACGACGUACACAAUUUUGUGUCCAGUUGCCCGGGGAUGGAUCCCACGGUGGGGGCCGAGCUGCUCAACCACCUCCUGGAGAGCAUGCCCUUGCACGGCCAGGACCGCCUCAGGGCCACGCCUUUGGACGCAGACCGCCAUGGUGGCCCAUGGUCCCUGCCUGCCCCUAGUGCCCCUAUGGCCCCGGGUUCGCUGGUGUCCCCGGCUCCCUCUUCUUCCUCCGCCUCCGGCGAUGACCUCUGCUCUGACCUUGAGGACACCGACUCAGAACAAAGUCAGGGUUCCUCUUCCGAGGAGUCGGAACAAAGUCAGGUUUUUUCCUCUGAAGAAUCGGAGCCGCAGGACGUGUCGGGAUGUGUGUCCUUAAAUGGCUCCAAAUCCGUUUGGAGACCCUGGUAGAUUGAAGGAGCUGUACACGUCGAUCAGAUAUUUUAAAGCUGUGGUGUCAAACUCGGUUUCAUAUUGGGCCACACGUUGGGCGUUCCGGGUUGAAGCG